UAUAUAUAUAUAUUGAUUACUACAUUAAAUAUUAACAUGAAUGAAUGAAUGAAUGAACGAUCUAAAAAAAAUAUUAAACUCUGUAAAAGUGAAACAAGGAAUGUGGUGUAUAAUUGUGUGAAAUGUAUGAUGAAAAUCAAGCAAUUUCGCCAAGCAAAUAUAAAGAAAUAGGUUGCAGCAGUUUUUAUUUCGACUGAACUUGAGAAAUCCACGAUGGGACUGAGCGCGAAUAGCUUCAGCGAUUCCUUAUAGUACAAAAUCGCUGUCAGUCAAAAGGAGAUGCAAUCUUUCGACAGACCCUCCAAUCAUCACGCAGAAGCUCGGAGUCCAGGCCAACCCACUCCUCAUUUGCUCCUCAUUCACCCCCAGAGACGCUGAGCGUCCGUGGGCGGGACAUAAUCGCAGCGUUUAUCCAAUGACCGUCUAGUUUCAAAGCACUGAAAAAAAACGUUCAAAACAGCCCCAUUGAAGUCAAUGGACGCUGGGCUUCAACGGGGAAAUGCACUGUGAUGCUACGGGAAUGUAUGAGAAGAAAAUCAAGUCAGCCGACCUGCUAUAUCUAACUGAUUCUGAACGAACUCGUCUUUGAGAUAAACGUUUUCUAACGCAUUUUUAGUCAAUAAAAUGUUAAUACAAUAGUACAUAAUUUGACCAUUAAUUUUGUGACAUUAUAGGGGAAGCUGAGCUUCCCUUGCAGUCUUAAAGAAAUCGCCACUGGCUCUAAUGAACAUUUAUACGAAUACUUUAAUUAUUAUUCAAUGUUUGCAACACAGAAAUGUAACCUAUACCGUGUAUCCUGGUCGUGAAGCUUGUUCAAACAAAGCUUAACUUACAUGACCAAAGCUCUCUCUGGAUCAGCGGUUGCGCGAAAGCAGGUUUAAAUAUUCCGAUGUGAUUGCGAUUUCAAAGGUUUUAUAUGCAUGGCGAAAUCAUCAUCAUAGCAAUAAGAUUGCGUGUUUAAAUCGAGAUCGCGACCUUUUAAUGAAUAAUAGUGUGUAGCCUAUGCAUCUUUAUAUGUCAUAAUUUGCACCAGGCCUCAAAAGUUACCCGGGCCCAGGCCCGGGCGGCCCCCCCGGUUCCGCGAUCCAUUAUUUACGCCCCCUUCCGAUCCCUCCCCACAAGAGACUUCUUUCAAAAAAAGUAAAAGUCAAUAAUAGUACUAUACAAUCCACCUUCAACAUGGAAGUAAGCCUAUGGGUGAGACUUCAGGUUUAUUAGCUAUAUAGAAAUAAUGAGAAGAAUAACAAAAUGCAGUAAACGGUAAAACUGUUUGCACUACAAACCAGUGUGUUCAUAAUUAAGAUAAUACAUUAAAACAAUAUGGUGAGACACACCAAUGUUCAAUAUCAAGCAGUAAAACAAGUUGUUUUUUUACAGCUAAAGAUGAAACCAGAACCCACAAAAUUUACAAAUUACCUCACCCACUCUUAUGGGAAAAAUGAGGUGGACAAUAGAGUGGCCAAACAACAAAGUGAACUCAUGACUCUUUGAUUUAUGUAGGUUGUCUGGAGCAUUUGCACACAAUUGCAGGAAACCUCUGACACAGAAAAAGUGCAAAUUCAUUAUUAGAAUUGAAAAGGGCUGUUAGAGCUGUAUAGCAAAAAUAAACACUGAAACAGGCUUUCUUUCUGUUCACUGACAUAGCUAUUCAUAUUGUUUAACAAAUUUGAACCUUUUUGUAAAAGUAGCUGUACACAUAAAAACAAGUUUAUAGGCUUUUGCAUUAGCAAACUGCACUAUCUAAAGCAGUAAUCUUUAAGUCAGUCCCACCAUGUUCUGAACGUGAGAAACUGACUGGAAGAAAGGUGAGGAACGUCCUGAGGCACAUGAUCAUUACACAUUAAUCACAAGAACAUUUUACUUUGUCAUGCACUCUUAGCUCUAACCCAACAAAAGCUCCUCACUGUGUUGUAAAGGCCACGAGUAAACGCACUUUAUCAUUCGGACGUUGUUAUACAACACCCACAUUCCAGACUAUCAGGAAGCGAUUACAAAUGGGUGUGGCUUGAGAUCUUCACUGUUCAUUCAGCUUUUGUAUCGGAAUAUAAAAAGAGCCGAGACUCAACGUAGAUCAGACGAAGACUUCUGACUGCUGCGCACACAAUCGCAAAGAUGAUGUUCUUUUUAUUUAUUGUGAUUUUGUUGUUUGCAUAUUUUGUUGUUCAUAGGAUUUUUGUUCAUAGGAAGACCUUCACCGGCACUGCCAAACUACAUGGGAAAACGGUCAUUGUAACAGGUGGCAACACUGGCAUUGGAAAGGCGACUGCUGCACAGCUGGCCAUAAGAGGAGCCAGAGUGAUUCUGGCCUGCCGCAGCAAACAAAGAGGAGAAGAAGCAGCUCGAGAAAUCAGGAUGGAAACUGGGAGUGACGCUGUGUUCUUCAUGCAACUGGAUCUUUCAAGUCAGAAAUCCAUCCGAUCUUUUGCUGAAACCUUCCUGAAGGCAGAGCCCAGACUGGACCUGCUCAUCAAUAAUGCUGCAUUGGCGGCUCCAGGUCGUACUGAAGAUGGUCUCGGGAUGAUCCUCGGUGUCAAUCACAUUGGUCCAUUCCUUUUGACCAAUCUUCUGUUGGAGCGUCUCAAGGAGUGUGCACCAAGCAGGGUGAUCAAUGUGUCAUCUUGUGGUCAUGAUCUGGGUACUAUUGAUUUCGACUGCAUCAACACACACAAGAAGCUGACUCUGGGAUCAUCCGACGCCGAUUUAUUCAGGGCCUACACCCACAGCAAGCUCUGUAAUGUGCUCUUCACCCAUGAACUGGCCAAGAGACUGGAGGGAACCAACGUCACAUGUUACAGUCUCCAUCCAGGUUCAGUAAGAUCAGAGCUUGGCCGUGACAUCAAUGAAUGGCGCACACGCAUUAUAAAGAGCAUUAUUAGCAAGUUCUGGGCGACCGACCCAGUGUCCGGUGCUCAGACGACGCUGUACUGUGCACUACAAGAAAAUAUUGAGCACCUCAGCGGACGAUACUUUUCUGACUGUCAGCUGGUGCAAGUCAAGCCCGAAGCCAGAGAUGAUGGAAUUGCCAAAAAAUUGUGGGACAUUAGUGAGAAGUUUUGUGGCAUGGCUUGAAUACACAGACACACACACUCCUGUGAGAAAAGUACUGUGUUAUGUUGAUUUUAGUAUUUUAUAGAUAUUAUGGAGUCAGAAAUGUUAUGAGUUCAGAGCAAACAAAGUCAUAUUUACAAGUGGAAAACUUGAAAUUCUAGAUGAUACAACUUGCAGAAUUGUAAUUUGGAUUUGUCCAUUUGAAAUGUGCUGGAAAUACCAUAAUAUAUAGUAGAUAGCUAAUAUAUCUAUAAUCUAUUUAUAUAGAUCAUUAAACGGAAAGCAAGUCUGUAACCAGUGAUGUUAAUCACUCAGCUUCAUAACUUUAUAUUUAGUUGCAAUCCCAUGUAUACAUUUUUUAAUACAUUUUUAGCAUAAAUAAAAAAUUAUGGAAAAAUAUAAAGCUAUCCAUAUAUAUAUAUUUAUACACACAUACACACAGGCACACACUGAGACCUAAUUACAAUUACAUAAUUCGAUUUGAUUGCCAUGUCUCUGUGAUUGGUGGAAUUUUCUGUACAGCAUUAUGGGUAAUGUAGUUAUUUGUACUGUAUUUGGUAAAAUAAAUAAAUAAAUAAA